AUCUCGCAUCCCAUCGCGUCAUCCUCGGCGGCAAAAAAUUCUACCACUCAUCCACUCCGCCAUGGCGCCUUCCACCCUCUCCUUCCUCCCCGCGCACGCGCAGCCCCUCUUCCCCCUUCACCCCCGCCGUCUCCGCCAUCUAGGCGCCGCGCCGACCACUCCCAAACCCCUCACACUCGCCGUCCGGUGCGCCGCGAAGGCGGCGGCGUCGCCGGCGCCGGCGAGGCCCAUCCCGCCGCCGAAGCUGGUCCGCUGCCCGGCGCUGGACCGGCAGGCGGCGCGCGCGAGCCGGCUCCGCUUCGCCCGCAAGCUCCUCACCCUGCUCCUCUCCAAGCCGCGCGGCUUCCUCCCGCUCCGCGUCCUCCUCCGCUGCCGCCGCUUCCUCGGCCUCCCGCGCCGCCGCCCGCUCGUCCCCUUCGUGCUCCGCUACCCGACCCUCUUCCGCCUCUUCCAGGCGCCCAUCUCCCGCCCGCUCUCGCCCUCCCUCUCCACCCUCGCCGUCGCGCUCACCCCCGCCGCCCAUGCGCUCGCCGCCGACCUCGCCGCCCUGCGCGGGGCCGAGCUCGCGCCGGGCCUCGCGGACAAGGUGCACCGCCUCCUCCUCAUGACCCCCCGGCGCAGCCUCCUGGUGUCGAAGCUCGCGCACAUCGCGCCCGACCUCGGCCUCGCCAUGGACUUCCGCGCCACGCUCUGCCCCCGCCACCCGGACGUCUUCACCUUCGCGAACACCUCCCACGGCCACGCGCUCCAGCUGGUCGACCCGCCGCCGCCGCCCCCUUCACCCCUCCCCCCGCCGCUCCGCCCCGCCGUGCGGCCCGACCGCCUCAUCGACCGGCCGCGGAGGUUCCCGCACCUCCCGCUCCGCCGUGGGCUCAACCUCCGCCGCGCGCACCGGGACUACCUCCUGCGAUUCCACAGCCUGCCCGAGGCCUCCCCGUUCGAGCCGCUGGAGGAGGGCGCGAGCGCGGAGAUGGCGGAGCGGCGGGCGUGCGCGGUGGUGCGGGAGGUGCUGGCGAUGACGGUGGAGAAGCGGACGCUGGUGGACCAUCUCACGCACUUCCGCAGGGACUUCGGGCUGCCCAACCGGCUGCGCGCGCUGCUGGUGCGCCACCCGGAGCUGUUCUACGUGAGCAUCAAGGGCGUCCGGCAUUCGGCGUUCCUGGUGGAGGCGUUCGACGACGAUGGAAGGCUUCUAGUGGAGGAUGGCAUGCUGGUUGGGAGGGACCGGUUGGAGGAGCUUGUCCGUGAGGGCAAGAAGAUCAGAAGGGCUCAAAAGAAGGGUGUUUUUCCGGUUGAUGGCGAUAGUGAUGAGGAGGAUGAGGAAGAUGAUAAUGUUGCAGAGGGUUCGUCGGAGGUGGAUGGUGAAUUUGGUGACCUGUUUGAAGAGGAAAGUGUCACCGGGGAAGACUGGAAUGAGGUGGGUGAUGGAGGCGGGAUCGAGGGGGACGACGACGAAGAUGAUCCUGAAUCGGAUGCCAUGGAGGAGUUUUGGGUGAAGAAGGCUGCGGAGGAAGGGCUGGUUGACAGUGGCACCGAGCAUGAUGUUUGGUGAGGAGUGUCGAGAUGCUAGGAUUAUUGCCCACGCUGUUAACGAGGACCACAAAUUGCUCAAAUGCAUUCCUCUCAGCCAUCUUCAGUAGCCCGAAGCUGUAGUACAUAACUUGGAAGCUUCGAUAUUGAAGGUGAGGGUGAAGGGUGGUUCAAAUACUAUGGCCUGUCUGAGGCAUAAGUUUUCACUUUCCUCUGUUCAUGGAGGCAUCCCCCUCUAGGACAACAAUGUCCUCGCUUCUGUUGACGCUGUCAGCACCAUCAACAAGGACGCUGUAGAGUCUGUGAUGACCACUCCCAAGCUACGACAUACAGAAUAUGGUCGUCAAUAUUGCAUCCGUGCCACCUCUGGAGUACCAAUAUGAAGACCUCAAUUGGAAACUAAACCAGCACUCGAGGACCGCAGGAUCACCGCUCGUGAAAGCCUGUAAUUCAAGUGUUCCUUAUACUACAAUGUAUGUAUACAUUUAUUUCUUUUCUACAGUUAAUUGAUGGUCAUAUUUUUGCAUGUACUUCUGGAAGUGUAUAUUUCAUGGCACGAUGCGCACCUAUGAUUUUGUUUUGCUAUUAUAUAAGUUUGUGGACAUCUGAAA